AUGGAUCCAGAAUUACAGGCUAUCAGGGAAGCACGGCUUCAAGAGCUGAAAAGUAGGCAAGCUGGAGAUAAGAGAUCCACUGGUGAAUCAGUACAGCAGUUCCUGGAACCUCAGGCGUUAGAACGUCUUUCCAGGGUUGCUCUAGUUAAGCCUGAUAGAGCCCAGGCUGUAGAAAACUACUUGAUGCAGAUGGUAGCUAGAGGUGUUGUCAGAUCAAAGAUCUCCGAGCAGCAAAUUGUUGGAAUCUUGAAUGGUAUUGCUCGUGACGAACAGAAACGGAAGGAAACCAAAAUCAUCUUCAAUCGGAGAGAGCAUGUAGCUGAAACAGCAACAUAUGACUCUGGAAAUAGUUCAGAAGAUGAUUUCUUAGAUUAG